AACAAACCUCAUUUCAAGGGCAAAGGAUAAAAACACACUCUCUCUCUCUUCUCUCUCUCCCUCGCGCUAAAGAAUCGAAAACCUCUAUCGCUCUCUCUAGGGUUUCUCCAAAGUUCGCGCUCAAAUUCUACUCAGCGAGCUUCGAAUCCCGUCCCGAAGCUGAGUCACUCAUCUUCUUCUUCAAAUGCUCUAUCUUUUAGUACCAUUUCUUCGAUGCGCCGUGGAGAAUAUUCGGAGCAAGACAGAUGGGGUAUCGUCUUUGCUAGUUUUCGAUUGAGUUAAAGAAACUAAAGGUGGGUUUGUGGGAAUUCCUACCUAUCUUGGUACAUCGACGCAGCUUUUCUUGAUGAUAGGAGAUACGUCUGAAAAUCACAAAGACAAAACCCUAAUGCGUGCUUUAAUUGUCGUAUGGGAAAUCGUGUAUUUGCGUGCUGUGGUUAUUUACUAACAUGGAGAGGAGUAUUGUGGAGGAGGAGAACCUUUAUAAGAGCAAUUCUAAUACCGUCUCCAAGUCUGAGGGAUCUUUUAUUCAAAUUGACUCUAUAUCAAUAGAUCUCGGCACUGCUAAGGAUAAUAGUGAUGCUGGAAAGUGCGAGCAUUUUUCUAUACGCGGAUAUGUCUCCGAGAUUCGGAAAAAAGAUUGGAAGAUAUGUUGUCCAUUUGAUCAGACUGAGUCUGAGGAGCAAACAUCUUUUCUUCCCCCUUUAGAGGUUCCAAAAUUCAGAUGGUGGCAUUGUCAAAAUUGUCUGAAUAAGGUUUCUGCCAGAGCUGCUGCAAAAGAUUAUGGAACACUCUUUAAUUGUUGUGGUACCAAAUGUGGCUCCAAUAGCAAUUGUUCCCAUGUGGCUAGUGCUGCAAUGCUUCUGCCAGGUUUUCAGCAAGCUCCCAAGCCAGUUCUUGGUGGAACAACAUCAGUUGUUGCCAAUACUUCUACCAAACUGAGCAACGACAACCAUCUUCUAUUAUGUAGUGAUAAGAAACAGAAGAAAGUUGAAGUUUCACACGGCACCAUUAUAGGGCAUGACAUUGGUUCAGAAGAAAAUCUUAACCAGGAAAUCCUCAAAUUAACAAGUGCUGCCCCAGAAGUUAAUUCAAGCAUAAUACAAGAAAGGCAUACAAAUGACACAGUGGCUCUCAAGUUAAAAUGUAAUGGAUCUAUAGAAUUUAAUGAUCCAGGCAGUGGGAGUCAUGAAGUUUCUGAUUGGAACCUCAAAUGCAUGAUUAAGGAUUCUGCCAAACAUUAUCAGACAGGAACACAAAAUUCUCCGGAUGAUCAACACAUAAAGGUAACAAAAGCCUGUCAGACACUUGGGUUGGGCAGUAUGGUUGCUGAGGCACCUAAUGUCGUCAAAGCUCAUACAACUGUACAUCCGUCUCUCGAGUUGGAUGGGUUUAGUUAUGAAUCAUCUGAAAGUGUUGAAAUAAUGGUACUUGACGAUGAUCCUCUAGACCAUCAUUUAGACAAAUCAUGUUCUUUGCAUCGUAGAAAAACUCGAAAGCACCGUCUACUGACUGACUUGCUGGGUGAAAAUGGUGAUGCAAAGAGUGGUCUGAUUGAUGCAGAUAAUUUUCCAUCCAAUAGGACCCCAGAAGCAUUUGAAAGGUUAGAUAUGCUCUCUGUUCCUCAAGAUCUGGUGGCCAUUCAAGGAAACACUAAAAGGGGUUCUAGUCAGACUACGAAAAGGAAGUUACCUCAGGAUGAAGAGUGGAGACCUCCAGAAAUUCCCUCUCCAAAUUAUUUGAAUAAAAAAGCUCAGAUAUGGAAGGGAGAUUCAGAAACAACUGAUGUAACUGUGGGUAAUGAAUCUCAAGAGGCAAUUGCAGGAAUGGGUUUAAAAACUGAUCUGAAGAGCCAUUCAAGUAAAGGUAUAAAGCAUAGAAGUCCUACCUUAGGUAAGAAGAAAAAUAAAAAGAUCCAAGUUGUUGAUGCAUGUUUGUCAUUGGUGCCACCGCAAGUAACUGUGCAAAAGGAAAUUCAGGACAAAACUCAGCAUACAAGUGACAGAAAUGCUGCUGGCAAUGUUUCUUUUGGAUUAACUCAGAAUGCAUUCAAAGGCAGACAAAUGGAUCCUUUUCCUUUUCCUGCUCUAAGAAUGGAGAGAAAACCUAAUAUGUGCCAUAAGAAAAACAAAAGCUCACAGGCGGAUGGAGGCCAAGCUUCACUCUUUCCAUGGAACAAUGGGGUGCUAAAAAAUGACCCAAUUUCAAGGGGAAAUGUAGAUAUCAUGCAAACUGGAUCUGUAACACAUCCGUUUCAAUCAACACAAGAUUCACUUGCUGAAAAAGAGCUGCGUCUUUCACUUAAUAGCUUCUCGGCCGCUCCAAGAUAUGACAAAGAAUUUAUUCCUCGGGUUGAAGGCGGGCUAUCUUCCUUUCCACCUUGGCAAGAGGUCAGUCCCAAAGUAGAUCAGGUUAUGAGGAAAAAUUUAGAGGUUAACAAUUUUAGAGAUCAAAGGGUUCCAUCGAAAUCUCCACCAGCCACCUUUUCAGGAAAAGGUGUAAAUUGUGAAGUCAGUAAUGAGAUGACCGCCUUUAAAAUGCCUUUCCUGAAUAAGAUGCAAAAUUGCCUCUCUCAGGUUGAGGAUAGGGGGUGUUCUCGAAUUCACCAAAGGGGACCAACUUUUUGCAAGGACAUAUGGGACCACAGGCACCUCAAGAAGAGUUUGAAAAUGGCCAGACCAUAUAUACUAGGAAAUAAUUAUUCUGGUGCAAGCAACAUAGACAAAGCUUAUAAAGCCAAGGAAUAUACAGCUGUUGGGGAAAAAAAUAGUGAUCAAAAGGCUGACAAAGCAUCUGAGCAGGGACCUUUAGAUGAUAUACCAAUGGAAAUUGUAGAGCUCCUGACAAAGAUGAACCGAAAUACCCAUGAGAGGCGUCUUCCUGAUGCUGAAAAUAAGAAAGGAUUGUUAGAAACAACCAGUAAUACAAUAAAUAGUCAGAUGACGGAUUUUACUAACACAUAUGGCAAUGACGAGUUGAGGCUACUGGAAAUUACUCGCAAGCAAAAAUACCAGGCUAGAAAUGGAAGGAAUGGCAUAAUCACAACAGGCCAAAAUGUGGGAACCACCAAACCGAAGCCAUUUGAUUUCUUUUCUCAUAUUGAUAGAAACCACCUGAAUGCGAGUCAGCUGGAUCAAACUCAGACCCCUCCAAUAGGGUUUAGGACUUUUGCUCAGUGUCAAAAGAAGCCAUCAAGCGGAGUCCAAUCUUCUGUGACCGAUCCCAGCAGACACAGUAGUGGUCAGAAUUGCAACUGGAAUGCGGCUAUGGUGGGGCACGGGCCAUCUCAUGCUACUUUGCAGGCCUUGGGAGGAUGUAACACACGCCAGACAGUUGCACAACAGAAUGAAACAGCAGUACAUCUUUGGCCAACCAUGAUUACAAAUCAAUCCCCCUUUGGAUAUAACCUGCCUCAAAAGGGUGUAGCUCAGUCUACUAACAUAGAUAUGCUUUCUCAGUGUCCAGAUUCACUGCAUAAGGGGGGUUUGAACUUCAACCAUGACCUGAAGUGUUUUAAUCUAAAUGCUACAGGUCUUGAGAAGCACAAUAUGAGCUGUGGUUCAGAAACUUUCAGUAGGAAUAAUGCAGAGUACCCAUUAGCUUGCAAACUUAAUGGAAUGGGGCAUCCUCAAAGUUUGAUGGGGUCGUUAGAUCUGUAUUCUAAUGAAACCAUACCAGCAAUGCAUUUGCUCAGCCUCAUGGAUGCAGGGAUGCGGUCAGGUCCUACGUUCAAUAUGGGUGGAACACCAAAGUUCCCUAAGAGACCUUCCUUUCCUCAUGAUCCUAAGUCUAAGGAGCUUCCCAGAAUGGAGAUUGGUGCAUAUAAGACAGUGGAUUCCAUGAAACAGCCACCAUCCGUUUAUUGCAGUAAAAGCCACUUUUCAGAGAAGGCCCAUGGCUGUUUUCAUUGUAUUCCAACAGUGGCUGCAUCUGCUUCUUCUUUUCAACAUGAAAAAGGUUUCCAAAGGGAUUCUAAUCUUACGAGUCAAGUUGGCUUGAAGUCGAGAGAGAGAGAGAAGAAAAAAAUCUCUAAUUCAGCCACACAGAGUAGAGGUCGUAGACCAGAGAAAUUUGUAUUCCCCACUGGAAGUUUAGGCACAAAUCAUGGAGCUAUUCCCGUCCAUAGUCUGCAGAAAAAACAUCUUGAUGCUUCCGAUUCUACUGUUUUUGCCUUGCAGCAUCAUGGAAUGGACAAUUCAACUCAGCAUCCAAAAAGCAAUUCUGUUUCUGAAAUCUGCAGUAUUAAUAGAAAUCCGGCUGAUUUUAUCAUGCCAGGAGCUGGAAAUACGUAUAUGAUUAGGGGCGAAGACCUUAAACUCAGAAAGGUGACUCCUUCACAAAGCAGGCGUAGCAUAAUUAAGUCGGAUGGCCGCAAGCGACAUAGGAAUCUGAAGCACACCACUGUAAAAGAACGUGUACAACAUUGAGUUAUGUGGCAGAGUUCCUGAAAUCCAUGUCGCAGGUGAAGUCUUCAAUGUCUUGGCAGCUGCUGUAAAUUGAGAAUAUCUACAGCAAAUGCAAAUCAUAUUUCUCCUAGAAGCAGAUUUUGAUUCAGGAACUCUGAUUCUUUGACUUAAGGUUGUCUUUGUCAUUUUCCUUGUCCAAAUCGAAGCUUUGAAAGACGCACUGGUGUAAGUUGAAGGCUGCAUAUACGUUCAUAUACCCAAAUCCUCUGUUCAUCAUUGUAUUUGAUGGUUAAAGCACAAUCCUCGUAAUUGCCCUUAAGAUGUAGGAAGGGCUCAUUCAUGGGUACUUUUGUUUCAAUUCAACCCGUGCCCAUCAGUGAACAAGGAGUAGGAAUUGCAUGGAAACGAAGACGGGGGGGCAUUAGUUAAUAUAGUACUUGAAUGCAUGUAUCAAUCAGGAUAAACCCAAGGGGGCCGGUGUCAUCACUCAUAAGUCAAUAAUUUCUUGUUGAUAUUACUUGUUUUGUAGUUUUAUAUGGUUCCAAGAGUACCAAGCUAAAAGGGAAGAUCAUGUGUUGAUUUUAUAGUAAUCAUGAGUUGGAACACGUACGAUUUAUAAAAUAUCACAGACAAGAUCAGUACUGUCUGAUCAUGUUGAUUUUAUUGUA